CAACAACAAAAGAAAAGAUUAGCUUUCACUUACUUCCUUUCCAUUGAAGUAAAAAACAAAAAGCCUUAUCAUUCAACAAGACAACAACAAAUAUGACUUCCCCAUCAUCAGCCUUCAUACCAAAUUAAGUUCUUCUAUUUUGAUUCUCACACACACAUGUAUAUAUAUUUAUGUAGAUGAUCUUCUUACCUAGUGAUUAUUGUUGCAGGUUGAACGAUCAACAGUAUAUGGAGCUUGUGUUUGAGAAUGGCCAGAUUCUUGCCAAGGGCCAAAGAUCCAACGUUUCUUCUAUCCACAAUCAACGUACGAAAACAAUCAUGGAUUUGUAUGAGGCCGAGUAUAACGAGGAUUUCAUGAAGAGUAUCAUCAUCCAUGAUGAUGUUGUUGGUGCCAUCGGAGACGCACAGGUUGUUCCACAAAAUCAUGUUGUUGCUGCUCUUCCUGAAACGACCAUGUUGGAAACCAAUAAACAUGUUGAUGAUUCAACUUUAAUUGAGACUUUGAAAUCUUCUUCAUCAAAGAGGGUGAUGGUUGAUUAUGAUAACCGAAAGAAGAUCAAGUUUCUACCUCCUGAUGAGCAAUCUGUGGUUGCUGAAAGGACGGUUGGAUCGGAAUUUGACGCUUCCUCCUCCGCAGGUUUCACUGAAGACAGUGAAGCAUCCACGUAUCUAAGCAGUAGUCUAGAUGACGAGACAGAUGAUGCGAGGCCACGACGAGUUCCUGCAAGAACAAGAAAAGCAUUGGUCAAAAGAAAACGAAAUGCAGAAGCUUAUGAUUCACCUGAAAGAAAGCAAAGAAACGAUAUCAACAAGAAAUUGCGUACUUUGCAGGAUCUACUACCUAACUAUCACAAGGACGACAACGAAUCGAUGUUGGAUGAAGCAAUCAAUUAUAUGACGAAUCUUCAACUUCAAGUUCAGAUGAUGACGAUGGGUAACAGAUUUGUUACACCAUCAAUGAUGUUGCCAUUAGGGUCGCAUUACUCGCAGAUGAGUGUAGCAAUGGGUAUGGGAAUGCAAAUGGGUGCAUCACAGUUUCGGCCUGCGCCUGUUUUAGGAGCAGGCUUGCCUGGGAUUAAUAAUUCAGCUAAUACGCUAACGUUUCUCAACCAUCCUGGACUAAUGCCAAUGCAAAACUCUGCUCCUCCUUUCACUACAACGGAACAAUGCUCCCCACAAUCUGUCCCGCCAUCGUGUGCUACUUUCCCUAACCAAAUUUCAAACCCCACAUUUUUGUCAAAUUCAGAUGGUGCAACCCUACACAAGAAAUCAAGGACCGUUAACAGAUGGAGGAAUUCUCUCUGAUAAAAAAUCUGUAAACCCGUGAGCAGAUGAAGUAAACAGAGUGGUGAUAGUUACCUGCUGAUUCAUGGCCUUCUUCUUCUCGAGAACACUAGAGCCAUCUCAAGAUGAAUCGUACAGAUCCACAAGACACUACAACAUCAGAACA